AGAUGUUUCAGUCUAACAUUGGCUUUAAAAGUCGAAGUUAUCUUUAUCGGCCCCACAACUCUUUAAGCAAAUAUUAGGGGAUAAAUAUCGUAGAUAAUCUCUGAAUUAUUAUCAGUUUACCUUAACACAUAUGGAAAUGAUGUUUCGGAAAAGUGGUUCUCUGAAAUACUCAACUAAAAUUUUGGCCUUUGUCCUCUUCAUUAUCAAUGUGUGUUUUGGAAAUGAAUGUGAUGAAUGUAUACAAUCAAGUCCUGAGAUGAAUUUUUGCUUCCACCCUAAUUUCAAAGGUCGAAGAUGUGGAAAAUUUGAUGAUCUCAAGGACUGCCUACCAGAGUACAUCGAAACAAACAGUCCUUCUUCACUAACCAUCCUAAAAGAUGAAGAAUUCAGAAACUUCGAAAUUUUCGAGAAAAACGAAAAUUAUAUUCAACUGAAACCGCAAAAAAUGAAACUGAAUUUACGCAAAGGUGAACCUGUAAAUUUCACGUUUUCCUACAAACCUGCAGAAAAUUAUCCCCUCGAAGUCUACUACCUCAUGGACCUCACAUUUUCCAUGAAAAAUGACCUGGAGACUCUCAUAAAUCUAGGAGGUGAAUUGGGUUACUCCCUCAAAAGUAUCAGCGAACAUUUUAAGAUCGCUUUCGGGUCUUACGUAGAUAAGCUUCGUAUGCCAUUUUCCUUCACCAAUCCUGAUAAUAUUGAAAAUCCUUGCAACCACACACCAGAAGGACAUUGCGCCAAAAGUUACCUCCUGAAGCAUAUCCAAAAUUUCACCAAUAAUGUGGAACUUUUUGCAAGAGAGGUUCGAAAAAAAAGUAAUACCAGCGCCAAUCUAGAUGAUCUAGAGGGCGGUAUGGAGGCUCUAAUGCAAGUUUUGUUAUGUGGGAGGCGUGUGGGAUGGUCCGAUGUUUCUAGAAAAUUGGUUAUCGUCAGUACUGGAAGCUACAUGCAUCUAGCCGGUGAUGGUAUACUUUCAGGUACAGUGAUGAAGAAUCCUGGAAAAUGUUUGGUGGAUUUGGACGGAAAUUAUCCUGCUGAUAACCCUUACGACUAUCCUUCUUUGGGAGAGAUACAUAGUGAGCUUAGGAAGCAAAAAGUGAAUAUAAUAUUUGCAGUCAAGGAAAAGGUCCUUUCCUAUUACAAACAAAUGGGAAAUAUAUUGAAGGAUUUUUCUUUCGUGGGAACAUUAGACAAAGACUCCAAAAAUAUUAUACAAUUGACAAAGGAUGGUUACAUGGAUUUUUUCAAAAAGGCAAAGUUUUCAGUGGAUUCAAACCAUUCAGCCGAUUUGGACAUAAAAUUUUAUGCAGAUUGCGAUGGUAGAGGGUUUGUGGAAACCAGUGAAUGUUCCAAUGUAGUUUUGGACAAUGUUAUCGAUUUCAUUGUUGAAGUUAAGUUGAAUAAAGUACCAGAAGAUGUCAAGAAAGAAAAGCUUUAUAUUGUUGAGAAAAAUAUCCAAGAAAGAAUAGAAGUUGGCUUGGAGUAUCAUGGAUUCUGUAGAUGCAAUGCUAUUUCAGAACAGACAGAUGAGAAAUUGUGUAUCAAUGGCAAUAUGAGAUGUGGAAAAUGUAAUUGUCAUUACGGUUGGACAGGAGAUUCUUGUAAUGAAACCUGUAGUUACAGCCUUGAUCCAUGUCGGAAAGAAGUUGAUGGUGUUAAAGAAACUUCCUGUAGUCGUAGAGGAGACUGUGAGUGCGGAAAAUGCAUCUGUGAUUUUCCUUACCAAGGGAAAUACUGCGAAUACAAAUGCCCAACUUAUAAAGGCAAAAUAUGUGCUGGGCAUGGCAAAUGUGGAGACAACGAGUCUUGCACAUGCGACUCAGGUUACACUGGUAAAGAUUGCUCCUGUGAAGAUUCCACCAGAAGCUGCAUGGUAUUCGGGAAAAUUUGCAACGACCAUGGAACAUGCGAAUGCAAUAAAUGCAUCUGCAAUGAGAAUUACAAAGGGAGGAAAUGUGAAUAUUACAUUGGUAAAACUGGGGGCUCAGGAUUUUGCUCUGAAUUUAUUAAUAGUACCUUGAGUUUCGUCGAAAACGGUACUACCCAGUUGUUUUACGGGAAUAUUUCUAUCAAGCCAAUGAGUAUAUCAAAAGACGUCAAAUUAGCUGGAGAAGGUAUUUGUUUCGCAAGACUGAACAACAAAAGCCACUACUGCGAAAUAAAUUACAACUACAAUCUAGAUCGUCAACCUAUAAUUUUAAAGAUACAGCCAUUCUGCUAUAAAAGAGUCAAUGCUGCAAUGGUAGUGCCUGCAAUAGUCUUUGGUAUAAUUGGAAUUGGGAUAUUGGCUGUAAUGAUUUGGAAAUACGUCACUUCUAGACAAGAUAGGUUAGAAUAUGAAAGGUUCCAAAAAGAAGUGGAUCAUCAACAAAGAAGCCGGAUUGAGAAUCCCCUAUAUACCAGUCCUAUAACAAGUUAUAGAGUACCAAAUAAUAGUACAAAAAGAAAAAUUAAGUGAAAAAAAAAUUAUGUUCAAAUGUAUUUUUUUUAAAUUGUAAAUAACAUUACUUACGUUUUUUCUCGAUAUUAUAAAUUCAUUUCUCAAUAAAAUAUUUCAAAAUAGCUUCAUAACUUCUCAUUCCAUUAAUGUAAAUGUAAGAAGAGAUAGGAUUGAAUUCUAGAAGGGUUCAUCGAAAAGAAUUGUAAAACAAAAAUGCUUUAUGUGCAUAAGAAAAAACAAUGCUUAAAGGCUAUAUUUCAACGUAUAGUUAAUAUAAAAACUUACAUCUUGCACAUUGAAUAAUUCAAUAAAUAAACAUAACGAUUUUACUUAAAACUAAAA